AGUGGCGGUAAAGUUUGUGCUGAUAACAUAGUUUUUGCGGUGUAUACACUGGUGUACGUUAUUGCAAUCAACAUGUCAGAAAGGCAGGUCAUCUCCACCGAAAUAAUCGACGGGGUUUGGCCCUUUUUACAAAGUAUUGAUUGGAGGGAUCCAUGGCUAGCAUUACUGUUAACCUUUCACAUCGCAGUCACAAUGACAGCCUUAAUGACAAGAAAUCAUGCAAACUUUCAAAUUUUAUUAUUUCUUGUACUACUGUUGUUAGUUUACUUUUCUGAAAGCAUCAAUGAAGUUGCUGCCACAAAUUGGAUGGUAUUUUCUAGACAACAAUACUUUGAUUCCAAAGGAUUAUUCAUAUCAAUUGUGUUUUCUAUACCUAUCUUAAUCAAUUGUAUGAUAAUGGUGGCAAGUUGGUUGUAUCAAUCAAGUCAAUUAAUGACGAGCCUAAAAAGAGCGCAACUACGUCAGCAAGCGAGAAAUAAACUGACAACGAACGCGGAGAAUACAUCGAAAACGUCGAGUGAUACUUCUCAUCCCGUCGAAAAGAAAGAUAAUUAAAGGAUAAGAACACUAGUCAACUCGACCUAUCAGAGACACUAAUGUUCUCCCUAAAAUGAUCAAGAAAGUGAUAUCCUCAAUCAAUGUAUCCUGUAGAAAACCAUGAAAACAGCUUCGCAUUGAAAAUGAAAAAAUUAAUUUAAUGAUAAAUAUUAAAUGGUAUAAGGUAAAUAUAAAAAGACUAGAUUUUGCUUUGCUCGUAAUUUUUUUGAAGUUUAAAUGUAAUUAUAAUUAAUACAAUUUUACUAUAAACCGUUCAUGAAGAACAGUUUAAAUUAUUAAAUCACGAAUUCCUAAAUAUUUAUAUAAAUGAUAUAAGAUUUUAAGAAGCAAGCCAUUUUUUUUGGAAAAUUUAUUCACAAGGAUUUAAUGCAGUGUUCUUACACUGUUUAAUUAUUAAUUACAAUAUACAAACAUGUGAAACUUACUAUCAAUAAUGUCCAUACUUAUGUUAUCGAAAAAAACGUACAGUAUUUAAAAAAUGACUGUUAUGAAACACUAAAAAGGACGUUGCAGAGACAUUCACAGUAAAAUUAAAGGUUUAAAAUAAUUAAACAUACUAAGAUAAUGAAACCAUUUUUUUAUUAAUUAAAGAUUUUUUGAUAUAUUAAUGUAGUUGCAAGUAAUCAUUUUGAUCAAAGUAUUAAUCUCAUUGAAAAUUAUAAAUAAUCUGUGAUUUUAAACGCAUUACUAAUCUGAUAAAACUUAUUUAUUUAAGUACUCUUAUUAAUUUAAGUACUCUCAUUAAUAUUCUUGCAGCUCAACAUUUUUUUUAAUUAAAUAAAAUUAAAACUAUGUCACAUGUUUGCAAUGGGAUGUAUUACAACUGAAAAAUCCAAAGUUUCUUUUAACUUGAUGCAGCCAUUCGACUGUAAAUCGCUCACAAUCAUUUACGUUUGUGUGAAUCAUUUUCAAUUUAUUAGAAUGUGUAUUUCCUGUUGCUAUUUUUGUUCGAUUAUUCGAUUGAUAAUAAUGAGUAGGGACUCAAGAUGCGAAAGAUGUACUUAUUGAAAUUGCUGUAAUCAUUGUAUAUAUUUAUUACUGUAAAUCAAACUAUUAUUUAAAUGCUAAACUUGAGCAAUUAUAGUAAAUAAAACUACUUGUUGAAUCAAAUUUUUUGCAUGACUGUUAAUUGCUUCAAUUACCAUGUACAAGGUAAUUGAUUUGUUGCCUUGCAUAUAUACUUUUACUAAAAAAAAUACAAAAAGUAAAGAAUUAUGAAAAAAGUGUGCAAAACGAGUAAACUAAUUCUUGUGUGUGCUUUACACUGUAUAUAGAGGAGUUUAUAGUGUGCUCGUAUAUAAUAUAAAUGUAAUAUUGUUUGCUUUUAGUUAAUGUUCAAAUGUUAAAAUUAUGUUUAUGAAACAAUAUGCAUAAUUUUUUAAUAAAUUUAGCCUUGUC